AUGCCUCGCCUGCUUCUGGUUCGACAUGGAGAGACAGAGUGGUCAUUGAAUGGGUUUACCGGCCGAAGCGACAUCGCUCUCACUGCCCGAGGCGAGCAGCAAGUGAGAGAGAUGGCCCCUCUUCUUAUUGGUGAAGGAAGGGCUAUCGACCCUAAGGACCUAUGCACGGUUUUGGUAUCGCCUCGAAGUCGGACGCAGAAGACGUUUGAUUUAUUAUUCGAGAACAUACCCGCGUCUGACAUGCCUAGUCGUAUUCUUAGCGAGGAGGUGCGGGAAUGGGAUUACGGAGAAUACGAGGGACUGCGGACAAAAGAAGUCAGAGAAAAGCAGCCAGACUGGGACGUUUGGCGUGAUGGGUGCGUAGGGGGAGAAAGUGCCGACGAGAUGCGUGAUCGCGCUGACAAGGUUAUCGCAAUGGUUCGUCAGCACCACAAAGAAUACGUCGAGGGAAGCAGUCAUACACGGGACGUUUUGAUUAUUGCUCACGGUCACAUCAAUGGAGCGUUGGUGGUUCGAUGGCUCAAUUCCGACCUUGGCUUAGGGACUCACUUCAACGUGAAACCCGGAGGCGUUACCAUCCUGAGUUAUAAUCACGACUCUUUGAAUGAGCCGGCUCUUGAUGGGUUUAACCUCUAUGCUGACCUAAAAUAA